UUUUGGUUUAUUGGGGAGUAGGAAAUUAGAUGAAAUUCAAGUUUGGGACUUUAUUUUUCUUAUUAAAGUAAUGGAUGUGGAAAAGAUUCUGUGUUUUCUAUUCCUUGACUGAAAAAGAUUCGACCUUCAUGAACUCAAAAGGAAGCGCGCUUACUUUUGGCGCUCACUGAAAAAUAAAACGGCUUAAUUUUCGUGUUCUUCUAGAAUGAAAAGAGUACGGACUCACAGAGUCACACUCGCUCUGUAGUUAUUUAGAGAAAUACGAAGAAUCGUCGUGCUUUAAUGGCAAAUCCUCACCGAUUGCACUUGGAAUUUAUCCAAAACGACCAGCUUUACGGCGCCGUUGAGCAAGUCAUCGAUGUCCAAGACGAAGACGACGAAGAAGAAGGAGAGGCGGAGGAGGAGGAGGACGACGACGGAGAAGAAGAAGAAGAAGAAGAAGAAGAGGACGAGCACCAGGUGGCGGAUGAAGAGCCAGUUAGGGUAUCGCAUGGCGAAGCAGCAGCAUUCGAGAAUGGGGUUGAAGAAGCGGGAGAGAAGCGGAGAAGAAUUGAUUCAGGAGAUGAAGCGCUCUUGUGGGGUGGAGUCGGGUCCGUACCAGGAUCUUCUCAAGGGAAUGAGUGCAAAUGGAGCGAAAUUGAUGGGCUUUUUUGCCCUAUUUGCAUGGAAGCUUGGACCAGUGACGGAGUCCAUCAUAUCUGUUGUCUUCCUUGUGGGCACAUAUAUGGUAUGUCUUGCAUAAAAAGAUGGCUACAGCAGCGUAGAAAUUCGGGAAAGUGUCCUCAAUGUAACAGGAAGUGCACAUUGAAGGAUGUGAGGAAACUUUUUGCACCCAGGAUUGUUGCUCUUGAUGAAGAAUCACAAAAGAGAAUCCGGUCACUUGAGGCUAAAUGUGCUUCUCUUAAGAAGAAGGAAGUUGGUUGGGGUAAGAAAGAAGCUGAAUGGAAAAAGAGAGAGGCUGAGUUGCAUCUGAAAGUUAAACAGCUUACUGAGCAGAGGACAACUUAUUUGGAGCAUUUAGUAGCAGAUAGGCAGAGCAGACCAUCUGAAUCAUCCAAUAUAAGAAGGGACUUUCAGGGAAGAUCUGUACACGUAGGGAAUCAAAUUCAAGCCAGCUCAAAAUUCUGCAGACAAGAAUCCUCCUGCAAUUUUAAAUUACAGAAGGAUAUGCAGGUGGAUGGAGCUUGUUUAUUUGAUAUAGAUGCUGCUAACCAACUUUUGUUAAUUGCACGGAGCCUAUCAGGAGUGGGUGUAUCCCAUGUACUUACUAAAAUGAGUAUGAUUCCUCCGUAUGAAAGAGAAGAUAUUUUGCUUCCUUCUGCCACAAAUUUAAUAAAGGACCUGCACAUUUCUCCCUUUAAUAGUAGCCUUGCCCUCCUUGCUUCUCUGGGAAAGAAAUUAUCAGUUAUCAGUAUGGAAAGCAACAAUGUCAUCCUUGCCUAUGAUUUACCGGUUGCUGCUUGGACAUGUUCAUGGGAUCUCAACAGUUCACAUUAUAUAUAUGUAGGAUUACAGAAUGGCUCAGUUAUGGUGUUUGACAUGCGUCAAACUACAGGGCCCAUGAAUUCCCUAAGGGGCCUGACAAGCAACCCGGUUCAUACGUUACAUUCUCUUUUACACAAUUCAACUCCCCCUUCUGGUUCUAGAUCAGUCCUGUCCGCUUCCUCAGUUGGCCUAUGCCAGUGGAACUUUGAUGGUUCUGAUGAAGGGCCAUCUUUUGUUCAUGGGAUGGAGAAUCAAGGAGUUUGUAUAUCACUUGCUUACUGUCCUAGCAGUGAUGACAUUGUUGCCUCGUAUCGUCCUAAAGUUGAAAUGUCUAAUGAGAUGGCUCUCACUCAACCUUCACUAACUCAAUCCCGGGUUCCUGGACAAGGAGUAGUGGGUUCCCAUGUUCAUUUAAAGAGGGUGGGCAGCAGCAAUUUUCAAAAGUUGAGCUCUAUAUAUGCUAAUGUAAACGAUAUUCGACUGCCAAAAUCUGCAAUUAUAGACAUAGAGGACCGUAGCCAGUUGUUUGCAUCCAGCAAUGAAGCAACUUCUGAAUUACUGUUACAGGAGCUGCCCUCUUUUACAGUUUGUCAGCGUCUGAAGUCUGAGAGGCAUCCUCUCCGUGACAUGAAGUACACACAUGCUUUAAGCCAGUGUUUACUUGGUUGUUUAUGUGAUGAUACGCUUCAAAUUUUCAAUACUCAGCCAUCUUGAAGAUCAUUUUUCUUUUGUUGUGAAGAUUACUGCCUUCCAACCCUUACCUGGCAAACCACUUUUCGUCCUGGUUGCCUAAUGUUCCCACUUAUCCAGCUACCCGUGGCUACAACUUCCAGCUCAAUUAAAAAACAUAAUAGAAGGAAAAGGGAGUCUACGUUUCACCUUCACCUUUAUGCGGUGGUUCUCCAGGAGCUAGACAUUGCCAAAAUAGCAUGUAAGAAUUAUGUAUAUUCCAACUUGUAGAGAUUUGACGCCAAGUAUUUGAGCUUUCUAUAGGGUAUGUAGGAGUAGGAAUCUGGAAUAUUCCAAUACUUUGACUGAUUUGGCAUGUAAUUUUGAUAAGCAUGCUGUAAUGUGUAAUACAAAUGCCUCCGGGCUUUUGUCAAUUCCCAGUCACAUCAGUAGUAUAAGGAAUUAAAUAUGCUUUAAAUGGAAAUGUUUAAAUGGAAAUGGAGUUUCAUACUUUCUGUUUU